GCUGAGCUCCGGCUCGUAGCUUUCCUUGGAAAUGGCGGCUUUGUCUGUGUUCGGCAUUACCAGAAGAGGCCUCAUGUGGAUAGUCUCAGGGGCGCCUCGCCGGCAGUUUUGGUUUCCAUCCAGAAAAGAGAAAGAGCCAGUGUUGGCUGAGACAGUAGAAGAGGUGAAGAAAGAACCUAUCCUGGCAUGUCCACCCUUACGAAGCCAAACAUACAUACCACCUGAUGAUCUCCAGAGUCGUCUGGAAUCUUGUGUCAAAGAAGUUUUUGGUCCAUCUGUUCCUAGGAAUUGGCAGGACAUCUCCCUGGAUGAUGGUUAUCUGAAGUUUAGUCUCUUGGCACAUCUAGCUGAUGACUUGGGCCAUGCAGUGCCUAACUCGAGACUUCAUCAGAUGUGCAGAGUCAGAGAUGUUCUUGAUUUUUACAAUGUUCCUGUUCAGGAUAGAUCGAAAUUUGAUGAACUUAUGGCCAAUAAUCUGCCUCCCAAUUUGAAAAUUAGUUGGGGUUACUGAGCAAUUCAGAGGAGGAACACAUUGAAAUCUCUCCCCCACCCCAAGCAAGUUGGAGUUAUCAGACCUUUUGAUAUUUUACCAUGUGAAAUACUACCAGACUCUCCUCUAAACCUGCUUUUUUUAUGGAAGAAUGCGUCAUCUUUUUUUUUUCUUGUGUUAUGAAUUGGCAAAUAACAGGAUUUUUUUUUUUCACAUUUGCUGAAAUCUUUUUUUUUUUUUUU